ACGCACCAUUUAAUGUACCAAGACAUAUAUAUUCACCAUCAUCACACACAAACACAUAUAUAGCAGAUAUAUACAUAAGUGAAUCAUCACUAAGCUAGCCAUGGAGAAGAAAUCAAUGGCUGGAUUGUGCUUCCUCUUCCUCGUUCUCUUUGUUGCUCAAGAAGUGGUGCAAACUGAGGCAAAGACGUGCGAGAAUCUGGCUGAUACAUACAGGGGUCCAUGCUUCACCACUGGCAGCUGCGAUGAUCACUGCAAGAAUAAAGAACACCUGAUCAGUGGCAGGUGCAGGGACGAUUUUCGUUGCUGGUGCACCAGAAACUGUUAAAUGGAUCUCCAACGUGAAGAUGCACGCAGGGCCAUUUUAUAAAUAAAACUACCAUAUAGUAUAAAUAUAAUAAUAAGACCACGAUGCAUCUAUGAUCCAUAAGUAUUAAAGUAUUACUGUUAUAUAUCAGAACUAUGUGUGCACUCUGUGCAUAACGGAUGAGUUAUGUACUUUAUGUUCAACAAUAAAUUAAGUGCUACUAGCUGUUGCAAAACAUGAAUUACUGCUACUUUUCCA